AUGAGUCAAAAAUACAAUCACGAGAAGAAUUUGCCUAGCAGAAGAGAAAUUUGUGAAUGGGAUGACAAUGUUGCUGAUACUAAACCUUUCAGUCAAAACAGUCCUCGUGAUAAAUUUGUAAAAGGUAGCAGUCAUCGAAGUGAUUUAUCAAAAAGUUACAAGGAAUCCGUUCUCUCUGAUAACUGGUCAGCAACAAACCGCGUCUCAUCAAAUGGACAUGAAACUUGUGAUGAUUUUGAUGAUAGUAACGUUGAAGGUCUCGUGAGUGAUGAUGACAAUGACUUUGAUGAAGAUGAUGAUGCAGAAGAUGAGGACUGGGUUGCUUCCGAUUAUGAGAAAAAACGUCCUAGUCGCACUUCUCGAACACAACUCACUGGUUCACGUAAAAUUGGAAAUAGUUGCAGUUCACAUCGCAAAAGUUCACAUGGAGAUCGUUCUCAACGGAGUAAUCGUAUUGUUUCUUCCAAUAAAUCUUCCAAAUCCGUUGGUCGACCUAGAACUGUUAAUCGCUAUCAAGGUGGAAGUGCUAGGACUGUUCAUGCAUCAUCUGGUCGUAAGAUUUCUACACGUCGAGUUGAAAAACCAAAGACAAAUAAUACCAACCCACGAAAAGUAUUUGAUUCACUAAUACCUAACGAACUAAAAAAGCCUCGACAAUGUUUCGGUCCUGGAUGCACUCGAGCUGCAGCAAGACCAGAUACUAAAUAUUGUUCAAAUGAAUGUGGACUUAAACUUGCCAUCAAGCGCUUAGAAACUCUACUACCAGAAAGUUUUCAUGCUUGGUAUCCUGACUUGUUUACGAAAGCUGGAACGGCUCUUUCUGAAUUAGAAAGGCUACCGGAUUGUAUGGCUACCGUUAUUGACAAAUUGCGUCUUAAAGAAAUUAGUAAGGAACAGUGUGUAGUACACAAUCGGUUGGUUGAAUUAGAAAUGGAGCAUCAAAAGCUUACGGCACUUAUUAGUCGAGCUCAAGAGCGAAAAACUGGACGAAACAAUGAACAAAUGCUUGCUGCGGUUGCUCACGACGCAGAACAAGUAGAACAGAUGGAACCCAUCAUAUGUGUUACGUGCUCAGCUGAAAUCAGUAUGCGACAUGCUCUGAAGCAUAUGGAGAAAUGUUUUCAAAAGAUGGAAGGAAACACUGUAUUUUGUGCUAAUCAAAAGGAGCAAAUCAUGGGUACACCAUUAUUUUGUGAUGCUUACGACUCACAGGCUAGAGCGUAUUGUAAACGAUUACGUGUAGUCUGUGAGCAUUAUAAAGAACCGAAGCUACCUGCAGAUACAGUAUGUGGAUCACCGCUUGUUCACAAUGUCUUUGAAGAAACUGGUGAAUUUUGUUGUGUACCGCGCAAUAAGUGCACUAAACACUUUGGUUGGGAACGUCUACGUCGAGCGAAAAUAGAUUUGGAACGAUAUCGCUGUCUAAUUCAAAUGGAUGAAUUAAUGCAAGAGGAACAAAGACUACGACGUGCCAUAUCCCAACGUGGUGGUGUACUUGGCAUUUUGCUACACCAAACUAUUGAUCAUAAUCCUGAAAAACCAGUUCCCAUCCCAGGAGAAUUAAAAACAUCUUUGAAAGAUAAAGAACGAUCAGAUAUUUGA